CCAGGGAUCUCUGAGUAACAACAUAAAUGUGAACAUCAUCUUUACUGAAGUAGAAACCAUCAUCAAAACGAAAAUGAGUAACAACAAAUACUGCUUAGAAUUCCGCUCUAAUUGCAUGGAAGGCAAACAAAAGAGUAAAGCCAACAGAGAGUGGGUUACUGGUAGUGGUUUGCAUGACAGCUCGGCUCGUCCUCGGUGGUCUUCUAAAGAAAUACCUGAGUUAAUACCAGCUAUACCAGACUAUGAAUAUCUUGAAGAUCAGCACAUCUUUGUUGCAGUCAAGUCUGAAGACAGUGAUGAGUAUUUUGGAGAAUGUGUGCUGGCAUUGAAGUUCAAGUUUGGUUCGUUGCCAUCGUCAUUCAAAGCUACUCUUUCACAUCUUGGUGAAGUCACAGGAAAAAUCAUGGGUAAAAUGCAUGUGAAGACAGAUGAAAAACUGUUACGUACAAUGACCUCAAAGAGGAGAGGAAAAAGCUAUGAGUUGGUUUCAAUCGAGGAGACUGGUUCGUCUCAUCCACCAUGUUUACAAGAUGCAUCACUUCUCACAGUUGAUACAGUUAAUAGUCAUGAGGCUUAUACAUCACCAUCAGUACCACGAAAGAAAGUCAUUCUCCAAUCGCAAUCAUUUGAUGUAACACCUCAACUUCCACCAAGUACAUCAACUAAACACAGACCUUAUUCCUGCCAUUAUGGCAUGCAACCACCUGCUGCUGAAGCUGCAAUUAAUGAGUCAUUCCAUUGGGGAAAAACGUCUGUACCAUCUGACAUUGCUACACCUCCCAUGCUUCCAGUUCGCCAUCAUAUACCUUUUGACAGGCAGGCAUCUGAACCAUCUUCUAAACUACAUAAACCGCCUUUACCUGUGAGAAACAUCAGCAUAAUUCCAGAACAAGAAAACUUGUCUUCUGAGCAAGCACAAGAUGUGCAGAUCGCUGCCACCACCAAGAAAGUUGAGCCAGAGGAGGAGGAUGAUGAUACAAGUUACUUUGAGUAUCCUCCAGGGCCACCAGUACCACCAAGGCAAGGUAUUAAUGCCAUGCUUGGGAGAACACUUCCACCUGUGCCUUUACCACCAGCGCCAAAACAGAGCCAAGGAAACCUUCCACCAUUACCACCAUUGCCUACUAGUAUGAAUAAAGCAGUUGACAUCACUGAAGAUGAUAAAGAAGUAUGUGAGGAUUAUGAAACUCUCACAUGGCCAAAGACGAUCUCAGAAUGGUUGAUGAAUCUGGGCCUACCACAGUAUGUCACAAGACUUAUGGAUAAUGGAUGGGACAGCGUGGUUUUCUUGGACUCGAUUAUGAACAGUGAUCUUAUUGAAGCAGGAGUCACUAAUGAGGAGCACAGGCAGCGAAUGUUGAAGAGUGUAGCUGACAUGAAACAACAGUGACGAUGUGAUAAUUGAAAAAAUGAGUUACAAGAAAGAGAAAAACUAGUAUGUUGUGGGAAGGUCAUCGCAAGUAUUCAAACCAUUAAAAAAAAAAACGUAUUUAUCAGAAUUGCCUAACAACUUUUGACAACCUGUUGUACCCACCUUAUAACCAG